CAACAGCUGCCUUUUUACAAAAGAGUGGUGUUUCUUGUGUAAAUUAAACUAUACCUAUUUAUCAAUUAAUUCAUAGACGGAGGUUAAUAUUUAAUGGAAGUGCGAAGUUAAGUUUCCAAAUGUAAUCGCAGUACAUGAACAAAUUGGCAAAACUAUGGCUUCCUUUUUGAAAUACCUCUUUGCCGGUGUGGUUCGGUAUUGGCUGAUGCAUAUAGAUUACUGGCAAACAAUAUCGAACAGAGUGGAAAUAGCUACGCCUCUAAACUCCUGGAAGAGAUUAAUCGAGGGCGUGUACCUCUACGAUCAUAAUGUGAACCCUUACGAAGGAGAUGCCUUUCACGAAUCACCCAUAAUCCUCAUAAUGUUCUACUACAUUAUGAAGAAAGCUCCAUUCAUAUUGCCGCUUCUAUUUACGUUACUUGAUUUACUGACGGCGUUUUUGCUUUAUAGAAUGUCGAAAGCUUUCGUAAAAAUCUUGAAGGAUUCUCAAGAGAAAAUUAAGGAUGAGAUAGCUGAGGAUUCAAAGUCGAUGCUCUUAAGUAAUUCGCAGCUGAACGAAGCAUCGGAGUAUGUGCUGUCAGUUUAUCUGUUCAAUCCUUACUCUGUAUUAAACUGUGCUGGUAUGACAACUACGGUUAUACAGAAUUUGUUAGUGGCAGCAGCUUUAUGGAGUGCAGUAGGCGGCCGCAGGGUGCCAGCUUGUGCAUUUGUGGCGCUUGCUACACACCAGGCUCUCUACCCAGUGCUGCUCAUUGUGCCGGUGGCCAUAUUGCUCGCUGAUGUCAACAAAGGCUGCAAAAAGUGCUCCUAUAUCAGGACUUUGCUGGUUUUUGUCCUGUGCUGGGGAUUCCUUAUUUACAUCUCAGCGUUUAUCAUGAAUGGUUCCUAUCAGUAUGUUUACAACACUUAUGGGUGCAUAUUGACUGUACCAGAAUUAAAACCAAACAUUGGUCUGUUCUGGUAUUUCUUCACGGAGAUGUUUGAGCACUUCAGACUGCUGUUUGUGUGUGCAUUCCAAAUAAACGCUUUUGCUCUGUAUGUGAUCCCCCUCACCCUGCGUUUUAAGUCAGAGCCCGUCCUGUUGGCUACGGUACUCAUUGCACUCUCGGCCAUAUUCCGAUCCUACCCUUGUGUGGGAGAUGUUGGAUUUUACUUGGCUUUAUUACCUAUGUGGAAACAUUUAUUUCCUUUUAUGCAACAGAAGUUCAUAGUUGGUUGUGCAUUCGUCAUUACCUCGGCUCUUGGACCAGCAGUGUGGCACCUCUGGAUAUACUCAGGCUCCGCCAAUGCUAAUUUCUUCUUCGGGGUUACUCUCUCCUUCGCAACAGCACAAAUAUUUUUAAUAACGGACUUGCUUUUUGCAUUUAUUAAGAGGGAAUUCACCCUCAAACAUGGCUCAUCAAGAGAAGUAGAUGGAAAACCUGCCAAACUAAUGUUGCGAUAGUACCAAAGUUGUGUCAUUCCAGUGAUAAGUAUGUGAUUUUCUAUGACAAAAUGUGUAACCUUGUUGGUUAUUAAUUGUAGGUACCUAGUUUUUUCAUUAGAACAAAGUUUUGUUUACAAAAAUUUAGGAACAUUGGUUUUGGUAACCAACAGAGGAAUACCUUUUGACAGAAAAUAAUUAAUUAUGAUUAGCAUUUACUCAAUUUUUAUUUUCUUAUUUAUUAGUUUGUAUUAUAUGAAUGCUCAUUAAUUUUGAGCAGAAGUUUAGUUUCUUAUGGGCUGUUUUAUCGAAGUAUUGUAUAUUGCGGUGACAAGUACUGUGCCUAAUACAGGAUAGUCUAAUCUAAUUCUUUGUUUGGUUGACAAUUGUGUGGCAAGUAAUUAACUUACUUAAUUUUUACAUUACAGUAGUUUUGUAUAGGUACAUUGCACAUGAAUUUGUUAAAGCAAAUAAGGUUUUUAACUUGUUUAGUCAAUUAUUAAUUUAAUAUUUUAAAAUGAACAAAAUGCUAUACUCAUCAUCAACUGUUAACUAUUGUUAAAGUACGUUACUUCAAAUACAAUUUAUAAAAAAAUGGAUCUUGAAUGAUGUUAACAACUCAUUGUCAUUCUUAUCAACAGAGUUCUAAUGUUAAGAAACAUAAUACAUAAAUGAAAAAUAUAUUUGUUACAUUACACUUUGUCACAUGUAAAAGUAUUACUUGUUUAUAUUUUCGAACUAAGUAGCUAUACCAUUAUUCAAAUCUAAAAGUGAAUAAAGAUAGUAUCAGUUAGGCAGUUAUUUGUGUGACAAGCAGACAUCGUAACUUUUUCAGGUGCCGUAGCCGAAUGGCAUUUCUGCGACGCGAGACGAAAACGAAACGCAGUCUGGCUCUGUCGUGCCAAUACGCAAGAGCGAUAGAGAUAGAUAUCUGCGAGCGUUUCGUUUCGUAAGCGUUUGUGCCAUUCGGCUACGUACCCUGGGAUUCCGGUAGAAAUAAAGGAAUUCGUACAUGUGUUUUCAAGUAGAUGAUCAUAAUUGACUGUUAUUAAUCCUAAUUAAGUAUUCCAGCUGGCUUCGGAUAUAUAUAUUAAUUUAAUGUGGCAAUGCUGCACCACAAUUUGUGGAAGUAACAAUGUUUGGUGACAAGAUACGACACAUAAGAAUUGUAUAUUAACUUACUGCAAUUGAAAUAGAAGUUUUUUUGUUUCACGUUCAAAUGUUGAGUAAAAAGGACUGUCUUAUUUAUCACAACUUAGAAUUUAGUUAGUGUCUACGAUUGUACUGAAGUCAAUAAAAGAACAUAUUUUUAAUAA